AUGCAUCUCAUUCUCACCGGUGCCACAGGGCUCAUUGGCUCGAGCGUCCUGGACGCCAUGCUCAGAACGACUGAGAUCACAAAAAUCUCCAUCCUAAGUCGCAGGCCAGUCGCCAUGGCGGAAGACGCCAAAGAUGCUAGGGUGAAUGUCAUCAUUCACAAGGACUUUUCGAGAUACAACUCAGAGGUACUCAGCAAGCUUCAGGGCGCGAGUGGUGCGGUCUGGGCUCUUGGUGUCAGCCAAACGAAAGUUUCCAAGGAGGAGUUCAUCAAGAUUACAAAAGACUACCCUCUUGCGGGGGCGGAGGCAUUCUCGUCACUUGCCCCAAACAAUGGUCCGUUUCGAUUCGUGUUUGUGUCUGGCCAAGGCUCAACCCAGACCCCGGGUCGAUUUGCCAGUCUCUACAGUAGAACCAAGGGUGAGGUUGAGGCUGCAUUGUCUCAAAUGCGCAUCACAUAUCCCCGCCUCCUGGUCGACGCGGUGGGGCCCGGGUUCGUCGACAGCAAGAACCACGCGGCAAUCCAGCCGUAUCUCCCAGAUCAGGGUUUGUUUGUUGACGGGAGUAAGAUGUUGCUGAGAAAGCCGAUCGAGGUCGGCGCCAAGUGGUUGCAUUGUCCGAGCGAGCCAAUGGGACGAUUCUUGGUCGGUAUGGCAUUAGGAAAGUACGAAGCUCGGUUGCAAGCGGGGGAUGUUCAGUUCGAGACGUUGAAUGGCGGGUUGAGGAUCAUCAAGAAUGUGGCGCUGAAACAGUUGGUUAGUCAAGAGGACUAG